AUGUCGGAAACAAUUAUUGAUGAAAAUUCAUCAUUAAAUGGUUUAAUAAUAACAGAUACAAAUUCAUCAGUCAAAGAAUCCGGUGUUAAUAAUGAGAAUGACGAAACAUGGUUAUAUGGAAAACAAAAGGUUGAAGAACAUGUUGAUAAUACAACAGCACCAUCAAUUGAUGAAAUAACAACACAGGAAAUCGAUGCUAGGGAAAAGGCAACAAUACCAUCAACAAUAAAUCCAACAACAUCAUCAUUAAUCGGUAGUCAAUUAGAUGAUGAUUCUGAUGAUGAUGAUGAUGGAAUUCAAGUAACUAUUCGUAAUAUUAAAUCGGGUGCAUCAAUUUUUCCACCAACUCGACAAAAUAGUCGAACAACAAUACCAUCGGGUCCAGUUAUUCCAACAAAAUCACAGGCAACACGUGCUGUUGAUUUAGAUGCUCAGGGUAUUAUUAAUGGACAACCAACGUAUGAACAUGAUUUAAUGAAUGCAUAUAAAGAUGAUGAAAAACCAUGGAAAAAACCAGGAGCGGAUAUCACUGAUUAUUUUAAUUAUGGUUUUACUGAAGAAACAUGGGCACAAUAUUGUGAUCGACAACGUCGUUUGCGUUCAGAAAAUAAUUUAUCUCGUCUUAAUGCUGCUCAUAUUCCACCAAUGCCUCAAAUGCUUCCCGUUCAUCCUCCAAUGGUACAUCCAAUGAAUCCUCAUCCCGCUAUGAUUAUGAAUAAGCCAUCAAUAAAUAUGCCAAUUGUACCACGACCAUUUAUGAACAUUAAGUUUUUUUAUUUUCGAUUUCAAGGUGCUACUGACCAAACAUCCCGUCGACAAAUGUUUGAUACAUCAAAUACUUUCGAACAUCCACCAUUUAUGAACGGACCUCCAUUUCCUGGUGGUCAACCACCUAAUGGUCAAACAGUUGGUGAUCUUGUUACUCCACCACCAACAUCAAAUGGUCCUGCACCACAACAUGGAACACCACCUGGUGGUAGUCAUCCUAUACCAACACUUGGUGCACAUCGGUUACCUAUGUUGCCUCCACCACAUGGUAUGCAAUUUCGACCUCAAUUUGGCCAUCCACAUGCGCCUGGUGCACCUCCAUUUUUUCCUCAUGGACCUGCUGGAGGCAUGCAUGGCGAAAGACCACCACAACCAUACUUUUUACCUCAUCAUCCACAACAACCAUGGGAUAAACCUGGUAUGCCUCCGGUACAUAGUUUUCCACCUGGACAUUUUCCUCCUCAAGCACCUGUACCAACCAAUACUGGCAAUGGACGACCACCAUCUAGUCGAAGUCCAACACCUGAAGAUCAUUCACCACGUAGUUCAACGCCAGAAGAAAAUCGUCCUAGUGGUAAUGGUGGUGAUACUGAAAAAACAUCUAAAGAUGAUCGAUAUAAAGACAGAUAUCGAGAUGAUCGUGAACAUUAUUCAACAUCACGUCGUCGUUCAUCACCAAAAGAUCGUUCAUCAUCAUCUUAUCGUUCACGUCAUCGAAGUGGUGAUCAUGAAUAUGAACGACCUAGAGGUGACCGAAAAUCAUCACGUGAUCGUGAUGACAAAUAUGAACGUUAUUCACGAAAACGACAUCAUCGAGAAGAUAGUGGACGUCAUCAUCGAGGUGAUGAUGAUUCAUCUCGUAGUCAUCGUUCAUCACGACGUACACCAACAAAAAAUUUUUCUUCACCACCCAAAACUCUUGCUACUAGUAACAGUCAAGUUUCAUCAACAGAAUCUACUCAAAUAUUAAAUGAAAAUCCAGAAACUACUGAAAAUGAUCAAACAUCAACAACAAAUAUAACUGCACCAACAUCAUCAUCAUCACCAAAUAGUCGAUCACGUCGUGAUGAUUCCGAACGUUCAUCUUCGCGUCAUGGUCAUCAUAAAAAAUCUUCAAAACGAUCGCGGCGUGAUAGUGGUGAUGAACGUAGUCAUCAUAGACAUUCAAAAGAUAAAUCUAGUAGCAGUAAAAAAACAGCAAAUCAACCAGAAACUUCAUCGGAUGUUAAAGAACAAAUAAAUGACUAA